GGGCCUGGCUUUCUCACCCAGACACUUGGCUUUGCAGCAAGCCCUCGGAGAGAAACCUCUUCGCAGUCUCUGGACUUGGGACUUGGGGGCCUGGGAGAACUUUCUGGACCGUUUCACACCAGUGAGUGUUAGAAGUCAAGAUUCCGAACAAAGCAAUGCAAAGGCUUUCAGGGGAGGCACGGACUUAAAAGGCUGCAGGGGGGUUUUAUUUUUGUUUUGUUUUUUUUGUUGUUUUGUUUUUUCAAGAUGACCAAAGUGCCAGCCACCAAAAAGUUACAAAAGAUCCCCAGCAAGAAGGCCCUUUGGCUCUUUUCCGGCUCAGAUCAACUGACUCGGCAGGUCUCAGACAAGACACCGAAGAACCCCAAGUAUAUAGACAAGGAGAUAGUCAACCUUAAGAAGGAUCUUAUCCGAAGCCGCUUCCUGAUCCAGUGUGUGAAGAUAGGCCGGGGCUACUUCAACAUCCUGCGAGAAGAAAAUGCCAUGAAAAAGAAGCAGCAGCAACUCCAGAAGCUGCAGGAGGAAGAGCUAAACAAGUUCCAGCCAGCCAAGAAGUUCUCGGAUAUCCACUGCGGGGACAACCUGCUGUCUACCUACGACUACGAGAAGCUAAAGAAGUUGGAGGCCGGGAUCAUCAUCCGCCCGUUCACGCCCAUCCACAGCUGUCUCGCAGCGCCCACCCUGCCUGAGUCUCACGUGGAUCCUCUCUUCCGCCAGCUGUGUGCUCUCCACUGGCUCCUAGAGGCCCUGACCAUCGACCACACCCACCACACCAUGAGGCCCUUGAUUGCCUGUUGGAACCCCAAGGACCCAGGUGGCAGCAAGAGCACAAUAAAGAAGAUUAACAAGGACAAGUCCAUGGGGCAGAGGUGGGAUCACUUCGUCACGGCACCCAAGACCAAGAAAUACAAAGCCCCAGCCAUCCGCACAGCCAUAGCCAGCCGCAAGCCCAGCAGGCGAGGCUCCACCCUCAGCCUGUCUCGGACCAGUGGGGGCUCUUCUCCCCAGAGCAGCAUGAUGUCAGUGAACCCCAGCUCCGAUGAGCCUGUGGGCAGCAAAGACAUUGAAGACAACGAGUCCUCCUCCACUAAGCCGGAAGAGGAAAUCCUCCACCUCUACUUGCAGAAGCUGCUGGAGAUGGUCCGGGAAGACGCCCGAAGAACCAUCUUGGUGGAGAACGAGAUACAGAAGAAAGCCCCCAGCAUCCUGUCUCUAGUCAAGCAAAUCAAGAGUGAGUAUGGAUGGAAGGAGUGGCAGACCACUCACAAGUCCAGCGAGCGGUCCAGCACUACGAGCGGAGAGAGCCACAUCCAGGUGAUCCAGAAGAAAUCGAAGAGCAGAGCUAACCGUGACAUCAUCUAUUGCAAGACUGGGGUGUGUAACAACAUGCGGGCCAAGUUUUUCAGCGUAGCCCAGGAGGCCGGCUUCUGCCUGCAAGACAAGAUGGAAAUCCUCAGAAAGCGCCAGGAGGAGCGAGGCCUCCAGAAGUUCCACUCCUUUAUUGUCACCUCAAACUUCCAGAAGGACAUAACAAAGAUGAGGCACCAGGUCUCCAUAGUGAAAGGGGACGCAGAGGAGAUUGCCGACCACUGGUACUUCGAUCUGCUGUCCAAACUCCCUGAGGAUCUGAAGAGCUUCCGGCCUGCCAGAAAGAUCCUGACGAAGCUGCAGAAGUUUGGAGAGAACCUGGACCUGAGGAUCCGGCCCCACGUCCUCCUGAAGGUGCUCCAGGACCUGCGGGUCUGGGAGCUGUGCUCCCCGGACAUUGCGGUGGCCAUUGAGUUUGUGAGAGAACACAUUAUCCAUAUGCCCCAGGAGGACUACAUCAACUGGCUACAGAGCCGGGUCAACGUUCCCUUCCGGCAGCGUACCAUCCUGACAUAGAGGGGCCUGUGGUCCCCGUGGAGGAAAACAAGCCAGCACCACGUCCCCCAGCCCAGCCCGUGCCCGUAGCCUCCUCU